UAUACAGCGUAUUCUUCGUCUCCCUCUUCUGUAUCCUACUCUCUACUUCUUCUCACAAAUUUUCUUUAAUUCGUAUAAGCCAACGGAUCUUCUGUAUCUUUUAGAUUGCUUUCAGAUCUCUUACGAACUCCGCUUUCUGUUCUUCGGGAUCCAAGGUGGGCUGGGGCGGCUGCUACGCCGAGAAUCUCUUGCGUCAUUACGAGUGCUCGCUUAGUCUGAAUAAUUGGAGCAAAGGCGAACCCAAAUGGAAGACUUGAGCAGGAAUGUUUCUCAGGCUCCUGCAAAUCAGCAAACUCGAAGUUCUCCCGAUGGUCCCAUGGCCAUCCUGUGGGACAUCGAGAAUUGCCCUGUUCCUAGUGACGUACGCCCUGAAGAUGUAGCUGGUAAUAUAAGAAUGGCUCUGCGGGUGCACCCCGUAAUAAAAGGAGCAGUUAUGAUGUUUUCUGCAUAUGGGGAUUUCAAUGCCUUUCCUCGACGGCUGAGAGGAGGGUGUCAGAGAACUGGGGUCAAACUCAUUGAUGUGCCGAAUGGUCGGAAGGAUGCUGCCGACAAGGCUAUACUGGUCGAUAUGUUUCUCUUUGCCCUUGACAACCCUCCCCCGUCUUCUAUAAUGCUCAUAUCUGGAGAUGUCGAUUUUGCUCCAGCACUUCACAUUUUAGGUCAACGUGGGUAUAACGUGAUACUUGUCAUCCCUUCUGGUGUGGGUGUUUCGUCUGCCCUUUGCAAUGCCGGGAAGUUCGUUUGGGACUGGCCGACUGUGGCUCGUGGUGAAGGCUUUGCACUUGCCCCCAAGGUGUUGACUUCCCGUGGAGGAGGAGCCGAAAUUUCUGGAUAUUUCAAGGGAUGCCAUAUCAACAAUGACGCGGAUGGCCAAAAUGAGGAGGAAGCUAUUGUCUACAGAGGAAUCUCCCAGAGCUAUUACAACCUGAGGGAUUUUUCUGUAGUCUCUCAGUCUUUAUCUGAGUACAACAAUAAUCUGACAGUUCCUUGUGCACCUCCAACUUUGAGGUCACAGAGUCUUCCAUGUGGUCUGAAUGAGGUUCCAACGGGUCCUGUUUCAUGCGGGGACCAGAACGAGUCGGCUUGGUGGCCGCAGAUGGGAGACUCAAAUGUUCUAAAGGGGCAGUUGGUUAAGUUGCUCGAACUUUCUGGAGGGUGCUUACCCGUCACUAAAGUCCGUGCCGAGUACCAGAAAGUCUUUGGGAGGCCACUAUACACAUCCGAGCCUGGUGUCAAGCUUGUGAAUCUCUUUAAGAAGAUGGGAGACGCCCUCAUUGUAGAGGGCAAAGGUAACAAGAAAUCUGUCUUCCUUCGAAACUCCCGAUCAUGCCCGAGCGCACCGCCUUUGAUAUUAUCAAGGAAAGAAAACAAGAAAGGUAAGAGUACGUUGGAAGAGGCAGUUGAUGUUGCUCCAUGCCUGGGCUCAUCAGAAGAAUACUCGGACGAAGAAAGAGUGGUUCUCGAAGAACACAAUGAGAAGAAGGGCAUUGGAAAAACCAAUCAGACAACAACAGGUCAGUGCAGAAACGACAACGACCACUGUCUGGAGCAGUUCAAACACGAGCUGCAGGAGAUCCUUGUCAGCUAUUCGUGUAGAAUCUUCUUGGGAUGUUUCGAGGCGAUAUACCUGCAGAGGUACAAGAAAUCCUUGGACUUCCAGAGCCUCGGCGUUCGCGGGCUGGAAGAGCUGUUCGACAAAGUAAGUGAUGUCGUAGUCUUGCACGAAGAUGCAGCAAGCAAGCGAAAGUUUCUGGCUGCAUUUGGUGGCUAAAAUGAUGGUGAAUUAUCAGGUUAGCUGCCAUUGUAACCUUUCUGUGUCAUUAACUUUGUCAAAUACCCACAAAAGGAAAAAGAAGAAAAGAUAAAAAAAAAAAAAAAAAAAAA